GCUAAUGUACCUGCUGCUGCUGCCAUAGCCAGUGGCAUGCUAAUCAACAAUUGCAACAGCUCGUGGCCAGGCCAAUUUGCUCAGUAUUAAACUCAAACUGUGAAUCCUUGCCGCAGCACUUUCUAGUUGGCGUUCUUCCAUGAAGACAAUGUUUCAAUAGAGAUGGCCAAACUUUCACGACGUGCUCCGUCGUCUGCAGCAACGCCAUCAACAGCAACAGGAACAGCAACAGCAACAACAGCAACAACUACACCAACGACUCGAGCAACUGUUAGUCAUGCUCGAGGCUCAGCUCAAGCACAACAACUUCAACGCAUUACCCGUGCAUCUAACCCUAAGAAUCCUCAACUGGCCGCCCUUGUUGAUCCCGAUGCCAAUGGCAUUCUACAUGAGCCGUCAUCUGCAUCACCGGCACCGCCGGCGUAUCCCAAGUACAACAGCAACACUGCCGCCGCUGCCACUACCCCCGCACCUAUAUAUGCACACGCACCCACUUCCGUCACGGCCACGCCCUAUAUGCCACUGUUGCCGCCCGGCGAGCGCAAUCUGACCGAUGCGGAAAAUGCAGCCGAACGUGCGCGCAUUCGAGCGGAAUUCUUUGCGACGUAUGACGUGAUGACAGGUGUACGCAUCGCCGCCACGCUUGGCGGUUUCUUUGGCCUGAUGGUGUUCCUCAUCGUAUGGAAAAGUCGCAGCAGCAGCAACGAAACGCUCAAGGUGCUCAAGGAUCCGAAAAUGGCAGCCGUGGCUGCUGUUUGCAUGCAGGAGGAGGAGGAGCGUGAAUUGCAAGAGGCAAUUGUUGCCACGGGCAUGUCAAUCUAUCCGGAUGAGUAUGACGCACUGGUCUACCGCCGCCAGCGCAUGCUAUCGCUGGGCAAUGUGAGCGCUCCACCACUGCUCAAUCGCGGCUAUCGCUGCGCAUCUGUAGGUGGCGUUGGCGUGCCUGGGCCGGUGGGUUAUAGUUAUUUGUUGGAGCCACCACGUCGUUUUUCCUAUUCGGCAAUGUCGGCCGGCGGCGGGGCGCUUUCUGGUCCACAUGGAAGACGGAAAAGUGGAUCCGAAUCAUCGCGCAUCUUUAGCAAUUAUCCCAUGGGCGGCAGCUUUGGCACUGACGAUUACUUUAUAGAAACGGAAGAUGAACUGGAGAAUGAGGAGUAUAUGCAGCGCGGUGCCCAGGAUGAACAGGAGCAACUGCACAAGCGCACAGAUUCCACACGCAGCAAACAGGGGUUUCUGUCUGUGCCGAUGGCGGGCCAGGACUCACGGCGCAGUAGUGCGAUGACCUGCUGCAGCACGGAUAGCUCUUAUCUGGAGCGUCGAACUUCCGCCUAUACUCUAGGCAUGAGCAAUCUGCCACCGACGCUGCAGCGCAAACUGUCGACGGCAUCGCGCACAUCGAGCAUAGAGAACUGGGACUAUUACUAUCCGGACAUACAGGUGAUACAGCCAACGCCAAAGGCCUCACCGUGUCCAUCGGAACGCAGCAUACAUGAGCCCACAGUGAAGAGUUCGACAAUUGGCUUAGGCGCACCCAGCAUUAAGCGUAAGCACAGUAUCGUUUCGUAUGAUCCGGAGAGCGCACAAGCCGGACGCAAACAGCAGAUACACUCGAUCAGCGCUGACACAGUGGACGUGUAUCCCUACAAUCAGAGCGCACUCACGGAAACCAUUGAUUUAGGACUGCCUUUGGCUAAGCCAAUGCAAUCAGCACCGCCCACCAGCCAUCACCAGCAGGCGUUUCAUUUCUGCGACUCGCCCUCGGAGGAGCUGCGUCUGGGUCUGCGUCGCAAACUGACCCUGGUCGAGCUGCAGCGGAAUGUGGAGAGUAAUAACAACAGCUAUCCCUAUACAGCAAAUGCAGCUGUGCCGGCCACGGCAACGGCCACCUCCAGCAGCAUUAGCGUGGAUAGCACACCCGUUAGCUUGGAUCGGUUGAAUGGCACCGGCAGUGUCAGCGCCAGUUUGGGGACCAUUUCGGCCAAGGUACUGCAAAAUGCGCAGGUGAUUGAGGGCAAGCGUGCGCCGCUUGCUUCGUUAAGUUCCUUUAAGAUCUCCUCGCUGGAAUGCCCAGACUCGGAGCUGCGCUCGCUAGACGAGGACUCCGUGUUUGGGCUGGAGGAGAGCGCCGCCGACACGGACGAUGAUAUGCAGCAGCUGAGCAGCGACAGUGAGGAGCAAAAUCUGGCGCUGGCCGCUGCACAGGCAGCUCAACCGCUCAACCCCCUUCCACAACCUGCCGUGGUGCAGCCCAUUAAGCGACUAAGUCUGGGCGGUGUGCCAAUAAUGGGUGGUGCGCGGCCACGGCGCCCACUCCUGCAGCGUCAUCGCACCAUAGGCGCUUCCUACAGCGACCGUGGUGCGCUGGGUUUACAGGCGGUGCCGCCGCCACUGGAAACGCAUUUCGGCCCCGUAAUCUGUAGUCCGCCGCAGCGACGGGCACAGCUGCUGCAGCAGCACAGCGAUCCACAGACGACAACGACAACAACAACGACAACCACCACAACAACCGAGGAGGAUACAUGCUCCACGCUGAACACAGAGCUGGGCAUGCUGGAUGUUGGGACUGCAGCGGGAGCAAGUCCCUCUAGUGGUGUUGGUGGCGGUGAAUCAGCCACCCAAACGCAGUACAGCAGCCUCAAUACGGUCAUCAGUUUGGGUCACUCCAGUCCAAGUCCACAGAUGGACAAUAAUUAUGUGUGUUCCACAAAUUUUGCCGCUAGCCAGGCUCAGGCGCAAGCGCAGGCAGCCGGAGCAGCAGCAGUUCCACAGCAUCUAGCACAACUGCCAUCCAAUAGUAGACUGGGCCACGAUCCGUGCGCCUCUUCCAUAUCGGACUCAGUGAUAGCCACCAGGCCGCAAACCAUAUGCAUGCCCGCAUCCUUAAAGGAGCGCAUCUUGCGCGGCGGAGGUGCCAGCAAAAGUGCCCACAAUUUGAAUCAGCACAGCAGCGAGACGACAGCAACGCCAGCUGUAAUGCUUGAGCUGCCACUCAUCAGGCUGCCAACCGACGAAGACGAAGAUGACGACGACGAUAAUGAUAAUGACUUGGAGCAGAACGAUGGGCUAAGUGUGGAGGAACGUGAUCCCAGCCUGCCCGGCACUACGAGAAAAUGGUCAAAGGAGACGCUAUUCUAGCCCACUUUGUGGCCGCUGCAGCAAUGCGUGCAGUUCCAUACCAGAGCUUAACAACUGACUUUUAGGGUAGUCAACCCGCUAGCUAGCAGGGUUGCCACCCACCAAUUUGCUAGCCAAGUGGACAACGUAACGUAUUUUGUUUGCAUAGAGUAAACCAAAUAGAAAAUGAAAUUCAAAAUUAGAAAAAUGCAAAAAAAAGUGUAAAAGCAAAAG